AUGUCUGGUUAUAACAUGUGGUAUUCGUAUGCUGUGGAUCACACUUUUAAACAGAAAUCUGUGUAUGAAGCAGUUCGUCCGUGCCGUCUAAUAAUCGCUCAAAUGUCUAGUCAUCGAUGUGAGAUCAUGAAUGCACUACUUACAGGCUACGCUUUCGUCGCAGGUUUGUCAUUUUGUGGUCCGUAG